UUCAGAUGAAAAUGUGUGUUGAAUAUGGUUCAGAAUGAUUUGCUCGACCUCAAGCAUGAGUCGAAAACGGAAAACAAGAUAACCAUAGAGUCCCACAAACUCAACGGAUGUGCAGCUCCUGAUGAUUCUGAUGCUGCUGGCCAGAAUCAGACUUCAACUAUCCCUAUUCACUCCUCUGAUGAAAUACCCAAAAUAUCCCCUGAUUUGAACUCUAAGACUCACUAUAGAGUGGGCUACUGGCUUAAUGUGAAAUCAACCCAGUUGAAAAGCUGGACUGAGUCAAUUGAACUUUGUAGGCGUCAUGGAAUCGAACUUGUAGAACUUGACCUGGAUAGUGAAUUGGAAAUUCAGUUGCCGUUUGACCUCAUCGUGCACAAGAUAAUUGCCCUUUACAAGCCCAAACUUAGAGGCGCUAAUUCGACAGUUGGAGCCCAUUUUAAACGUCUUCUCAGCUUUAUUGAAAAUCACCCUGAAAUAAGAGUGAUUGACCCUGUAGAUCCCCAGUUUGAACUUUUUAACCGGGAAUAUGUCUGCAAAUUGAUCCAAAACACGUGCGAUGAACUGAAAAUUGACUGGAAAAAUAUCAAUGGCUCAUUGGAAAGGGGAGAAAAUCCCGAGUACAAUGUUUGUGUUGAGAUUCCAACUUGGCAUAAGUUGGACAAAGCGCCUGAGAGUGAAGUUGAACUAGAAAAGCUAACUGGUCUGCAGUUGCCAUGUAUCUGCAAGUGUGUGGACACUUGGGAUGCCAAAAGUCACGAGAUGAGUAUCAUCUUCAGCUGGAACCAGUUGUUAGAUUCUUCGCAGGUCCCUCGUUAUCCAAUCAUAUUGCAGAACUUCGUCCGUCAUCAGAUGGUCUUAUUCAAAGUGUAUGUCUUUGGAGAGGAAAUUGUCAUUCAGAAAAGACCUUCAGUGGACAUUCCCGAAAACUACAAUUCUGAGACGGGUCCCAUUAUCUUUAACGGCCACAAGCUAUCCAAAACAGACCAGACAGAUCUAACAGAUGUCCAGAUCCAGCAACUGCAGUGUCCCAACGUACAUGCCUGCUUUCACAUGCAAACAGUUUCCAGAGUAGUCGAGUCUAUCCGGAAGAAAAUUGGACUGAAUAUUUUUGGACUUGAUUUUCUAAUAGCGGCGAAUGAACAGAUCAGUACAUCUGCAUGCGACACUAGUGAUGCGAAUAAUGAGUCAAGCGUGAACCCCCAUUAUUUAGUAGACAUUAACCCGUUUCCAGGUUGGAGUAGUUUGAACCAUCUGCCCGACCUUCUUUUGAAGUUCCUACUGUCCAAGUUGGAAACCCAUUAAAUGAUUUCCAGGAAUACUAUCUGAACAACUUUUUGCAUGGCAUGUGUGAAAUUUGUGCAAACUAAACGUUCCAUUUUGAAAUUUUAGAAAUUCUGAAAUGAAAGUAAGAAUUAUCUUGUAUAACUUGACUGGUCGGUCGCAAUGUUUUUUUUUUGUGCUGAUUUGUCUGACAUUUAGGUUUAUAGCUCUUAGAAAUGUAUGGCAAUGUACUGGAUUAAACAUGACGUAACAUGAUUAUUUGUUCGCCCAAACAGUAUUCACAUGUGUACUCAAUCCAUUCUGUUUAUCAUCAAGCAAAUGCAAUCCGAAGUCGUGUGUCGAAAUUCGGCCAAGAAAUGUUCUUAUGCAAAAAAGCAAGAAAAUCGAAAAAAGUGUUUUUUGUUCGGUUCAAUGUGCCUUUGCUACUAUUAUUUAAUGUGUAGGAUGUUUCUGAAUGUACAAUGAUCAUGAAUAUGUUUUAAUUCCUGUAUUUUACAGUAUUUUAGAUACAUUUUUGUUCAGUUCAUUAUUUGAAGUCU